GCGCCUAACGGCUUAGCUGGGCUCGCUCGGUCUGAGAGGUCGGAGUCUGCGAGUGUCGCUGCUGAAGGCUGUGGUGGACCGGGCUGGAUCGCGGAUUCUGAGCUACAUUGCGGGUUUGGGGGUGGAUCGCGGGUUGCGGGGGGGAUCGCGGAUUUGGGGCUGAGUGGGGGUGGAAAGGCCACGAGGAGCAGCCGCGGCUCAGGAGCGGGUGGUGGGCGUCUGAGAAGUCGCCACCAUGAGGAAGCUCUUCAGCUUCGGGAGACGCCUGGGCCAGGCGCUCCUGAGCUCCAUGGACCAAGAGUAUGCGGGUCCCGGUUACGACAUUCGGGACUGGGAACUGCGGAAGAUCCACAGGGCGGCCAUCAAGGGCGACGCUGCGGAGGUGGAGCGCUGCCUGACCCGCAGGUUCCGGGACUUGGACGCCCGCGACAGAAAAGACAGGACUGUUCUACAUUUGGCCUGUGCCCAUGGCCGUGUGGAAGUGGUCACUCUCUUGCUGCACAGAAGAUGCCAGAUCGACAUCUGUGACAGACUAAACAGGACACCUUUAAUGAAGGCUGUACACGGCCAGGAAGAGGCUUGUGCCAUUAUUCUCCUGAAAUGUGGCGCCAAUCCAAACAUUAAGGAUAUCUACGGCAACACUGCUCUCCAUUAUGCCAUGUAUAAUGAAGGGACUUCACUGGCAGAAAGACUGCUUUCCCACCAUGCAAAUAUUGAAGCACUAAACAAGGAGGGAAACACUCCACUUUUGUUUGCUAUAAAUUCCAGGAGACAGCAUAUGGUGGAAUUUUUAUUGAAGAACCAGGCAAAUAUACAUGCCGUUGACAAUUUCAAAAGAACAGCCCUCAUACUUGCAGUACAGCAUAACUUGUCAAGUAUCGUCACCCUCCUGCUUCAACAAAAUAUACGUAUCUCUUCUCAAGACAUGUUUGGCCAAACUGCCGAGGAUUAUGCUUUUUGUUCUGAUUUGAGAAGCAUCCGACAACAAAUUUUGGAACAUAAAAAUAAGAUGCUUAAAAAUCAUCUUCGAAAUGACAAUCAAGAAGCAGCAGCCAUGAAGAAUGAAAGUUUUAAAACACAAGGAACAAGUUCAAAAGGGGAUGUAGUCUCACUCUAUCACCAGUCUGGAGUCCAGUGGCAUGAUCUCAGAUCACUGCAGCCUUCACCUCCCAGGUUCAAGCAAUUCUCCUGCCUCAGCCUCCUGAGGAGCUGGGACAACAGGCACAUGCGACCACGCCCAGAAACAGCAGCUAUGAAGCCUGCAAAUUUGAAAAAAAGAAAAGAACGUGCAAAAGCAGAACACAACCUAAAAGUGGCUUCAGAGGAAAAGCAAGAAAGGCUCGAAAGAAGUGAAAAUAAACAGCCACAGGAUUCUCAAAGUUAUGGAAAAAAGAAGGAUGCGAUGUAUGGAAAUUUUAUGUUGAAGAGAGACAUUGCCAUGCUCAAAGAGGAAUUAUAUGCAAUAAAAAAUGACAGUCUCAGAAAGGAAAAGAAAUAUAUUCAGGAAAUUAAAAGCAUUACAGAAAUAAAUGCUAACUUUGAAAAGAGUGUAAGACUCAAUGAAGAAAUGAUAACAAAAAAAGUGGCCCGGUAUUCGCAACAGCUUAAUGAUCUGAAAGCUGAGAAUGCAAGGCUGAAUUCAGAAUUGGAGAAGGAAAAACACAACAAAGAAAGACUAGAAGCUGAAAUUGAAUCCCUCCAUUCUAGCCUGGCCACUGCUAUAAAUGAGUACAAUGAAAUUGUGGAAAGAAAAGACCUAGAACUAGUUUUAUGGCGAGCAGAUGAUGUUUCUAGACAUGAAAAAAUGGAUUCUAGUAUUUCUCAACUAACAGAUAAGAAUGAGUUGCUUACUGAACAGGUCCAUAAAGCUCGGGUGAAGUUCAAUACCUUAAAAGGUAAGCUCCGUGAGACAAGAGAUGCUCUCAGGGAAAAGACAUUGGCUUUAGGAAGUGUACAGCUGGACCUAAAGCAAGCGCAGCAUCGAAUAAAGGAAAUGAAGCAGAUGCAUCCAAAUGGGGAAGCUAAAGAAAGUCAAUCCAUUGGAAAGCAGAACUCUUUAGAGGAGAGAAUACGUCAACAAGAACUUGAAAAUCUCUUACUUGAACGACAACUAGAGGAUGCUCGUAAGGAAGGCAAUAAUAAAGAGAUAGUCAUUAAUAUCCACAGAGACUGUCUUGAGAAUGGAAAGGAAGAUCUUCUAGAAGAAAGAAAUAAGGAGUUAAUGAAUGAAUAUAAUUAUUUAAAAGAAAAACUGAUUCAGUAUGAAAAAGAAAAAGCAGAAAGAGAAGUGAUUGUGAGAGAAUGUCAAGAAGAACUGGUCGAUCACCUUAAAAAAAUUUCAAUAUCAGAGUCUCCACUGGAAGGUACAUCACAUUGUCAUAUUAAUUUGGAUGAGACGUGGACUUCAAAGAAGAAAUUAUUUCAAGUAGAAAUUCAACCUGAAGAAAAACAUGAAGAAUUCAGAAAACUUUUUGAAUUAAUAUCAUUACUGAACUAUACUGCGGAUCAAAUAAGAAAGAAAAAUCGUGAAUUAGAAGAAGAGGCAACUGGAUAUAAGAAAUGCCUAGAAAUGACAAUAAAUAUGUUAAAUGCAUUUGCAAAUGAAGACUUCGGUUGCCAUGGAGACUUAAAUACAGACCAACUGAAAAUGGAUAUUCUGUUUAAGAAGCUAAAACAGAAGUUUAAUGAUCUUGUGGCCGAGAAAGAAGCUGUGUCUUCAAAAUGUGUCAAUUUGGCCAAAGACAAUGAAGUUCUUCAUCAGGAGUUAUUAUCUAUGAGAAAAGUACAAGAGAAAUGUGAAAAACUUGAGAAGGAUAAAAAGAUGUUGGAAGAAGAAGUAUUAAAUCUUAAGACACAUAUGGAAAAAGAUAUGGUAGAACUUGGUAAACUACAAGAAUAUAAAUCGGAGCUGGAUGAAAGGGCAGUGCAGGAAAUAGAAAAAUUAGAAGAAAUCCAUUUACAGAAACAAGCACAAUAUGAAAAACAAUUAGAGCAGUUAAACAAGGAUAAUAUGGCUUCACUAAAAAAGAAGGAACUCAUACUUAAAGAUGUGGAAUGUAAAUUCUCCAAAAUGAAAACUGCUUAUGAAGAGGUUACAACUGAAUUAGAAGAAUUUAAGGAAGCCUUUGCAGCAGCACUGAAAGCUAACAAUUCCAUGUCAAAAAAAUUAACGAAAUCGGAUAAGAAAAUAGCAGUGAUCAGCACCAAGCUCUUUACGGAGAAACAGCGGAUGAAAUAUUUUCUCAGCACUCUUCCUACAAGGCCAGACCCAGAGUUACCUUGUGUUGAAAAUCUUAAUAGUAUAGGACUUGACAGAAAAUAUAUUCCCAAAACGGCCAUAAGAAUUCCUACUUCAAACCCACAGCCUUCAAAUAACUGCAAGAACUCCUUGGCUGAGAUGGAGCUGGACCGUGUAGAACAAAUAAUUACAGGAACAAAGAAAAGUUUUGCUAUUUUGGGCACUUGCUCCCGUCUACUUUCUUUUGUAGAAUCCACUGCACCGAGGAAGCAGAGGUGAGCCCUUCCCAUCAUGCACUCACUAGUCCCCAACAGAAGAACCGCUGUUGCAUCCACUGAGGUGAAAGGCACAUCUCAACACAGCUGACUGAUCGGACUCAGAUGAGUGGGAUCUGCUCUCUUCUCUUCCUCCUGGCUUGGGGACAGUCGCUAUCAGCAAUUCCAUUCUGCAUCUCCUCUGGACACCCCCAGGACCACCAGGACAACCCCAUCAUGGCCCUGUCACCAGGCCCAGUCUGGCUCCGUGAUAACCAAGAUGCAGGUCCAGAGACAACCGCCCUACUUGGUUCCUGCAUCUGACCCCCCUUGGUGGGUAGUGACCAGCACAACAUGGAAGAAGCCAGGGCAGCAUGCAGCCAGCUGCCCUGCAGCCCCAGAUGGCACCUGGGCCUCGGGAAGUCAUUCUCAAAGGGGAAGCUGGAAACUUUGAUGUCCCUGGAGGGAAGGGUGAACUUGGCACCCGAACAACCCUGGCAGCCAGCAGCAUCUUGUCAUCCAACUUGUGGGACAGAGGCACCCUGCUGGGGAACGAGAUCCAUACCUAAAGGGUCCUGGCCCAGUUGGACCUCAUCCUGGGCCCUGGGAGGGGAGGGGCACUAUGGGCCCCCCAGCAGCAGUCAGCAUUACCACCCUGGGGACUCAGCCUUCUGUGGCCCUGGCCAGAGUUAGAGUUUGGCCCAAGACAGGACAAGCUCACUCAGAGCAGGGUGUCAGUACCCAGGACCUGUGCAUGCCAGGCAAGGCCAAGCUGGCUCAAAGAGCAACCAGCCACCUCUGCAAGGGUGUGCCUGGAGCAGAUGGACCAGCCACCAGCCUCACCCACUCAAGGAAUCAGGGGUGGCCAGGUUCCCACAGCCUGAGGGGCUGCCACUUGACAGCUGAUGAAGUGGAGGCCUGAGGAAAAGCAGAUGGCACUGGGGCCCUACCUCCAGGGCAGAAUAACUGAUUUACCCUGACUGGCAGCGAGUGAGGUUGGUGGCUGGUACAC